AUGUGCAUCAGUGUUUUAGCUCCUCCGGUUACAUUUGGUGCAACCUUCAACCACCCCCUCCAAAUCACGGACGCAAUAAAAAAAGGUUCUGCUUAUGACAACCGACAGUUGAAUUCCUUCACUGUACCACUGUGUGUGUGUGCGUUUCUUCCAGGUGUGGUGUAUAAUUAUAGUGAGGCUGGAGUCUGCAGAGAUGAGCAUGGCUGGGAGCAGUCUGUCAGUCUAAUAAACCAAUGGCAUCACUACCUGGAGCAGUUCUCAUCGACUGACAUGUGGGAUCCUCAAAGGUUUGAAAGACCAGAGCAUAUUUUCCAGUCCACAAUCCCUUUUUGCUUUUUAUUUUAUACAAAAAAAAUGUCAUUUUGGGGGUUUUGUUUAUUAUAUUGCAUUUCAAAUUUAGCCAUUCGUGCAGUCACUUUACUCAUUAGUGACUCAUUAGUAACUAAAGUCCAUUAUACUGCAUGUCUUGUGUUUUACAGAUAUGAAGAACACAAACACAACUGCUACACCUAUGCCCUGACGUUUAUAAACUGUUUGCUCGCCCCGCAGGGAAAGCGGCAGCUAACAAAGACUGUCUUCACAGAGAAGUUUGUUCUUCCCAGAACGAGGAGGGCUUCCAGAUACAUUACACUCUAUCAGGAAAUUUCCCAUAAGUCUUUUAAUAUUGUGGACAGCUCCCAUCGAGAAGACAACAGCUAUGUUUGAAUUGCAGGCCAAGCUAAACAGCAGACAUUCCCCUGGGUAAGAAUGCGCUGAAAUCAGUGCUAGUCAGCCACAAGAAACUGAAAACUGACACUGUGUGUAAUGCUCUGUUCUGGUGUAACUGUGCAGUGUUUGCUGAGACCACAAUACAUGUCUGUUGAGCACAUUAAUGUACAUCACUGUAUAUUAGAGUACUGUGUGAUUUUAUGUUGGGGUGGUUUGAAUCUUACAGCAGCAGUUACAAAAAAAAUAUUUCUUGCUGUUGUGAACAUUUAUUGUAAUAUUAUCUGAACUAUUUUAACAGUGGACCUAGGCUAGGUGACAUUGUACUAGUUAUAUAGAAAGUGGCUAUGUACACGUAGGUCUUGUGUUUAAAGGAAACUACAAAUUAAUCAGGUUUACCUGACCUGCUUGUGACUGCUGCAUGGUGUUCAGAACCUUCCUGUGAUUGCAUAAAAGGCACUAAACAAAUGUAAUGAUUUAGAAUGAAUUGAAAGAUGAUGCAUUUACU